GGACGGCACCAACUGAACUUGAGGACAGCGAGUGGAAACAACCGAGCUGUCAUUUUUAACUCAACGUGCCCGCCGGCUUGGCUUUUCGGUCACAGACUACAGGCACUCGCCCGCUCUCUGGCUGCCUGGCAGAUUUUUUGCCACCAGUGAUCUGACAUAACUGCAGACUGCACAGGUUUUGUACGCACCUGGAAAAGAAAUUAACAAGAGUGGGUGUCUGAUCGCAACCCUUUACCUCCACUUGACAGUGAAGUCACGUUGUGUCCCGCAGGGAUUUGAACAAUUGAUCGGAUCGUUAUUGUGCUAUUUGAGCUGAUCGAGGAAAAAGCAGAGAGAAACAGAAGCUAUGUCGGGCCAGUCUAUCACGGAUCGGAUCGCAGCAGCCCAGCACAGCAUGACCGGUUCGGCUAUCAGCAAGGCUGUGUGCAAAGCCACCACGCAUGAAGUCAGCGGACCCAAGAAGAAACAUCUUGACUAUCUGAUUCACUGCACCAAUGAGAUGAACGUGAACAUUCCCCAGCUGGCGGACACGCUGUUUGAGCGCACGGCCAACUCCAGCUGGGUGGUGGUCUUCAAAGCCCUUAUCACCACCCACCACCUCAUGAUGUACGGCAACGAGCGUUUCAUACAGUACCUGGCCUCCAGAAACACUCUGUUUAACUUGAACAACUUCCUGGAUAAGGGAGCUCUGCAAGGUUACGACAUGUCAACCUUUAUCAGAAGAUACAGCCGUUACCUGAACGAGAAGGCCAUGUCCUACCGACUGGUGGCUGUGGAUUUCACCAAGAUGAAACGAGGGAUUGACGGAGUGAUGCGUACCAUGAACACAGAGAAGCUGAUCAAAACGCUGCCCAUUAUUCAGAACCAGCUGGAUGCUCUGCUGGAUUUCCAGGCCAACCCUAAUGAGCUGACCAACGGAGUGAUCAACUCAGCCUUCAUACUGCUCUUCAAAGACUCCAUAAGGCUGUUUGCUGCUUACAAUGAAGGGGUCAUCAACCUGCUGGAGAAAUACUUUGACAUGAAGAAGAACCAGUGUAAAGAUGCUCUGGACAUCUACAAGAAAUUCCUUUACAGGAUGACAAAGCUGUCAGAGUUCCUCAAAGUGGCUGAGCAAGUUGGAAUAGAUCAGGGUGACAUCCCAGAUCUCUCACAGGCCCCCAGCAGUCUCCUGGAAGCUUUAGAGCAGCACCUGGCUUCUCUGGAGGGUAAGAAGACCAAGGAAUUGAAUGCAGAUACAAGAGCAUCCACCCUGUCCAGUGCUGUUUCAUCUCUCUCCUCCACUGGCAUGUCCUUCAGCCGCAUGGAUGAGAAGGAGAAGCAGCAGGCCUUGGAGGAGGAACAGGCCAGACUGCAAGCUCUAAAGGACCAGCGCCUGAAGGAGAUCAGCAUGCAGACUCCACCCUCUGCCUCCCCCAGCAGCCAGUCGAUAGGCAGCGCUAACAACCACCACAUCACACAAACCCCGGAGUUGUUCAGCUCCACACUGUCUACUAACAGUGUCCCCAAUCUGAACAGUGACCUGUUUGAUCUUCAGCCGGCCUUCAUCCCCGCUGUGCAGAGCACUCCUUCCAUCUCCACUGCCAACAGUGCCUGGGGAGGAAUGGAGAGCCAGCCUCUGCAGCAGACCGUCCCAGCCAUGACUCUAGAUUUCGAUGCUGUGUUUGGGAGUAAGACCACGCCCAGUAACAACGGCCCACAGCCUGCAGCCGGUUUUGAUGCUCUAGGGGAUCUAUUGAAACCAACAGUUCCCACACACACUGCACCUCCUCCUCCUCCUCCUCCUCAAAUGGCCAUCCAUCCUGGAGGAAAGCUGCUAGCCAACGACCUUGACUCGUCGCUGGCCAACCUCGUGGGCAAUCUGCAGUUUGGUGGGGCCAAAAAGCCAGAGAUGCAGUGGAACCAGCCUGGAGAGAAAAAGCUGACUGGUGGCCAUAACUGGCAGAAUAAGACCAUGUCAACCACACCGUGGAGUUCUGCACCCAUGGCCCCACAGCCCAUGCCUGUACCACAUGUGAAUGGAAUGUUCUAUACUAGUUAUGCUCCAGCUCCCAUGGCUUUCCCCAUGACCACACCACAAGUGCCUGUGUAUGGAAUGGUCCCUCCACAGAUGAGUCAGAUGAGUGGAGUACCAGUGAUGGCUCCUCAGCCAAUGAUGUACAACCAGCCUGUUCUCAGACCCUCCAACCCCUUCGCACCCAUGCCUGGAGCCCAGAUGCAGUUUAUGUAAUCCAGUCAUGGGUAAGCAGAGUGCCAAAAGUGACACAAACAGCAGAAGAGAACACAGAAGAAGAAUGAUUACAUGGAUGGAGGAAUGAUUUGAUCAAGCUAAAAUGACUAAGAAUGAGACCGAUGACAAAAACACCAAAAACCAAGCUGGAAAGAGGAGAAGGUGACCUACCAGAGGAACAGAUGGAUGUGGUGGGGACGAUCCUGCUUAGUCUUUGUCUGAAGCAACUCCGUGUGUGUGUGUGUGUGUGUGUGUGUGUGUAGCUUUUUUUCUGUUGUACUGUCUGUUCUGUGAUUCAACCCCUGUUGGAGUGACGUUUCAGAAGAGAGAAUGUGGAUGAGAGAGGAAGCUGUAAAGAAAGAUGGAGGAGAGGCCGGGGAGGGGAUUGAGGAAAUCCUACCUCUGGUUUUCAGUCAGUAUCUGACUGCCUUGAGAGUCUUUGCUGCAGAUUUAGCUUUAUUUCACACUGGUGCUAUUUUGUCCUCUCUGGGUUACCUCCCACCUGCAACAGCAACUUGGGAGCACUUAGGAGAGGACAAGUGUUUGUUUAGUGUGUCUGUGUGUGCAUGAAUGUAUGUCUGUGUGUGUGUGCACAGAAGUUGCUUCAGACAAUACCCUACAACCGACCUCCUCUUCAUGUCCACAACUGUUCAACCAGCGAGAGAUUUAGAG